AAUGAGAAAGAAGAAGUUAGAAAUAUAGCGGCGAAGAAGAUGACGCCAUGUGCAGCUCCCCCUUCUGCAACGAUUUUUUAUCAAAAAUAUUUCUACGGGUAAUUGCCUCUGUGCAGCCAUUGCUGCAGGAGCUACUGCUCCCAGAGUCUCAAAUAUAUAUUUGUUUAUUUACACGGAACAACUGUUCAUCGCAUAUAAAUAUUCAUCUGCAUCACUUCCUGCCCUCAUAACUUUCAACGCCGAGCUCGCCCGAUCCCCACCAAUCACCAUCCGUCGCCAACUCCCCACCGCCCAAAGAAUUGAAGGAAACCCAUUGAACAAUUACAGCUGGGCUAGCUUGCCGGAGAUGAAGAUCCAGUGCGACGUCUGCAACAGAGACGUAGCGUCAGUGUUCUGCUACGCCGACGAGGCCGCCCUCUGCGACGCCUGCGACGGCCGCGUCCACCACGCAAACAAGCUUGCCGGGAAGCACCAGCGCUUCCCCCUCCUCCACCCCUCCGCCGCUCCACUCUGCGACAUCUGCCAGGAGCGCCGUGCGUUACUCUUCUGCCAACAGGACAGAGCCAUUCUCUGCCGGGACUGCGACAUCUCCAUCCACUCCGCCAACCAGUUCACCCAGAACCACGACCGGUUCCUCCUCACCGGCGUCAAGCUCUCUCCGACCACCCUCGUCACCGCUGAGUCCUCCCAUGACAACACCUCCGAUUCUUACCCUGCUAAUAAGUCCAAAUCGACCAAGAGGCCCGUUGCCUCUGCUGAGAUUUCUUCUUCGUCGCAACCGACGGUGAACGAGGUGGGUGUGACGAACCACAACUUGAUGACGAGCGAAGCAGGGUCGACUAGUAGCAUAUCGGAGUACUUGAUUGAGAUGUUACCCGGAUGGAAGGUCGACGAUUUUCUCGAUUCCUCUAACUAUCCUUCUCACGGUUAUCGAAAGAAUGAGGAUGAUAACGAAAUCUCGCCGUUCCUGAAUUCCGAUUUCGUGAACAGUCUGGAUUCCUUUUCAGCAGAAAGUUCGGGGAUUUGGGUCCCCCAGGCUCCACCUCCGCCGCCUCUGCACACUUCUUCGCAGUACAGUUACUCUUCUUUUCCAGAUAUGGCGAUGGGUACGGGGCAGAUUGGGCUGAUGAAGAACUUCAAGGAGGCCGCCAGUACAGUGAAAUCCACAAGAAGGUGGAGCGAGGAUGCUCUUCUUACUGUUCCGCAGAUCAGCCCACCAUCAACAAGCUCCAAGAGAUCUAGACCCUUCUGAGAAACAUAUUCUUCCAAUCUCACGAGAAGUAAGCUUAGAACAGAGCUUCGAACUCACUAUUUUCUGGGUUGAUUUUGUUGUUUCUACUUCUUCAACCGUUUUCCCUGCUAAAAAUUGUGGUUAAUUUUCUGUUUUUGUUUACUGUAGCUUCAUCGAUCUUUCUGUUGCUUUUUCUUAAUGGGGUCCAAUCAAAUUGUGGGUUUCUGUUUCAUCCCUGUGCUUUUCCGAUUCCACCGUUUCCAUGCGAUUGUAAAUAUUAAUAGCAAUAAACAGCAAGAAUUUCUCGUA